UAUCGGAACCCUAAUUUCAGGGCCAUGUGAAGAUUAUUAUUUUAUGCUGAUCGGUUCAUAGAAAUUGUGGUUACUGAACUAUUGUUUUCUUGUUUCUGUUCAUUUUUCGUUCAUUUAUUUAUUUACUCAUACAUGUUCUAAAUUCUAAUUAGUUGGACAGAACAUGUCACAUCACCACGAGGGUGAUGCUGAAUACAUGGCGGAUGAAUGUGAAAUGGAGGAUGUGGAAGAUGAUGUGGACGAUGAAUUUAUUGACAAUGGAGAGAGGGAUGGUGUAGAGUCUGAUGCAGAUGAAUUUGAUUACUCGAGUGACAAGGUAGUAGACACUACAGCUGCUCAGGUUAGAAGAGGACAAGACAUCCAGGGAAUCCCUUGGGAUAACCUUAGCAUCACCAGAGAAAGAUAUCGGCGAACUAGGCUUGAGCAAUACAAGAAUUAUGAAAAUAUCCCUGGUUCAGGAGACAAGUCAGGGAAGUAUUGUAAGAAUACAAAAAAAGGAUACUCAUUUUAUGACUUUAAAAAGAAUACAAGAUCAGUAAAGUCAACUAUUCUUCAUUUUCAGUUAAGGAAUUUAGUAUGGGCUACAUCAAAGCAUGAUGUAUACCUUAUGUCUCAGUUUUCGAUAAUGCACUGGUCCUCUAUGACUUGCAAAAGUUCAGAAGUUCUUGAUGUUUCAGGGCACGUUGCACCAUCAGAGAAACAUCCUGAAAGUCUGUUAGAAGGAUUUACUCACACACAAGUCAGUACUCUUGCAGUGAGAGAGAAGCUUCUAGUUGCCGGUGGAUUUCAGGGUGAACUUAUUUGUAAGCGCCUAAAUCGACCUGGUGUUAGCUUUUGCACGAGAACAACUUUUGAUGAUAAUGCUAUCACCAAUGCCAUUGAAAUUUAUACUUCUCCUAGUGGUGCAGUUCAUUUCACAGCAGCAAAUAACGAUUCUGGAGUCAGAGACUUUGAUAUGGAGAAAUUUCAGCUUUCUAACCAUUUUCGUUUUCCCUGGCCUGUGAAUCACACUUCUCUCAGUCCAAAUGGUAAACUACUACUAAUUGUUGGAGACAAUCCUGAAGGUAUGUUGGUGGACUCCCAAAACGGAAAGACAGUGGUUACCUUGUCUGGGCACUUUGAUUACUCAUUUGCGUCAUCAUGGCAUCCUGAUGGCAUGACCUUUGCCACUGGAAACCAGGAUAAAACAUGCCGAAUUUGGGACAUGCGGAAUUUAUCCAAGUCAGUGGGUGUACUAAAGAGCAACCUUGGAGCCAUUCGUUCAAUCAGGUAUUCCUCAGAUGGCAAGUAUAUGGCUGUGGCAGAGCCUGCAGAUUUUGUACAUGUCUAUGAUGUAAAAGGUGGGUAUGAGAAGGAACAGGAAAUUGAUUUCUUUGGUGAGAUAUCGGGAAUAUCUUUCAGUCCGGACACCGAAUCCUUGUUUAUUGGGGUCUGGGAUCGCACUUAUGGUAGCCUUCUUGAGUAUAUCCGGCGUCGGAAUUAUACAUACCUUGAUGCACUAAUUUAACUUUCAAGGAGCAAUAAAUGACAACUUACUUUAGUGUCUGAUUGUGAUGAGUUGGAUUAUGUAUAAAUUAAGUAUCCUGCUAAUGUUCUCUAUAAAGUAGUGGUAGGAUGCGUUGUUAUCAGUGUGUGGAAAGGGAGGAAAUGUACAGAAGGCUAGAAGGUGAUGUUAGUGAAAAUGGGAUGGAAAGUAAAUAUGUUGUAUGUGACUGGUUUGUGAUGCUGAGAAAAUAUCAGUAUUUACUUUAGAAA